UCUCUCUCUCUUGAAUCUCCAAAGAUGUGUUUGAGUUCUUCACAACCAUUCUCAGACACACCCACGAAAUUAGUUUUGUACCUCAAAACACAAACCCACGUUCGUAUCCCUCGCCUAUCCAGGAGGAGAAGGAUGUGGAGGAAAGAAAAAGAGAUGGAGAUGAAAAAUAUAAGGCUUUACAUGGAGAACCAAUACAUCAUACAAGAGAAUGAGAAACUCAAGAAGAAAGCUCUUCUUCUUCACCAAGAAAACAAAGCUCUCUUCUCUCAGCUUCAGACCAAAAAAGUGUCACAUGUUCCAUAAACAAAAACCUUACCAUCAUCAACAACAAGCACCAAGAUCAUAUCCUUCUGCUUCUUCUUUAGUGAGUCAAUAAUAAUAAAAAUCUAAGGGCUCUAAACACACACCAGGUCCUAUUAUCUAAGUGGGUCUUAUAAGUUAGAAUCAAGGGUUUAGUGUCAUUGGGGUAUACAUCUAAUUUAUUUGUUUCUUUUUUAAUAGUUUCAUCUCCUUGUUAUCUUUUUAGUCUUUUUAGUAUAUGUUUAUUCAUCUUUUUAAUAUAUGUAAUCUCCGCAUGUGUGUUCUUUUGUUAAUGGUUAAUCUACCUUUUAG